AUAAUUUUAGAGAACAAUGAAAGGGGCUGCUCAAUUUUGAGGGAAAAACAUAAACAUAGACCUAAUAAACUAGUAAAAAACAAUACUACCUACCAUUGAUUUAACCAACAAUGAAACAACUUAGCUCAACAACACACUUACACCACCUUGCCUAGAACUUGAAACAAAACACAUGAUGAACUCAUCUUAGCCCUCCAUUUGUCCCACAACUCAACAAACACAAAUCUGCCUAGAACUUGAAACAAAAAACUUGAUUAACUUAUCUUGACCCUCCACUUGUCCUACUACUAAUCAUCUAUUAAUCACCAAACUGAAACACAUUUAGUAUUAAAAUUCAGCCAUGACUGCUCUCUUUGUCAGCCAGUGCUUAUACUCAGCCAAACUCAUGCUCCCAAGGAUUUUUGGCAGACCAGCCCGGGCUGCCAAUAUAGUGGGUCCGCCCCUGCCUAUAAAUAGGGUAAGAGAGAAUGGAAUGUUAAACAGAAAAGAGAUAAGAGAUCAAUGGCAUCUGCUAAUUACAAAGCUUCACCACCAUUCUUAAGAUUCCCUUCCACACAGCAAUUAUCAAUAAUAAUAUUAUUAUUAUGUCCUUCUUUCAUGAUGCCCAUCAUCACUGGUACUACUACUCCUACCAGCACUAGUAAUACAACAAGUAGAGGCUGCAUCAAGGCAGAACGAGAAGCCCUUCUCGCAUUCAAAUCCGAAAUUAUAAUAUAUGACAAGGUUCAUCCCAUGUCGUCAUGGGGUGAUCAGACCGACGAAUGCUGCCACUGGGCCGGUGUGCGCUGCGACAAUGUUUCCAGCAACGUCAUCCGCCUCGACCUCCAAGGUGAUGACUACUUGUCAUGGGGUUUGGGAGGCAACAUCAGUGAAUCUCUUCUUGUCCUCCAGCACCUCAAAUACCUUAAUCUCAGCAACAAUUGCUUCAGCAAUUUCUUCAUCCCAAAGUGGUUGGGUUCGUUGGAGAACCUGGUUCAUCUCGACCUCCGCUUCAAUUGCUUCGCCGGUGUCAUACCUCACGAGCUGGGUAAUCUCACCAGGCUGCGUUACCUCAACCUAGCAAGUCCUGAAUUAUUGAAGGUUGAUGAUGCUGAGUGGCUGUCUGAUCUAUCUUCUCUGAGAUACUUGUCUAUGGAUGGUGUUGACUUUUCUGAUGUGAACAACGUCAUGCAGUCACUCAACAAGCUUCUUCAUUUAGAACAUGUUUCUAUGUAUGACUGCAGUAUGCACAGCAUCCCAGAGUCUCUCCCAUAUCUCAAUUUCGGCUCCCUCGCCUUCAUGGAUAUUAGCUUCAACAACUUCGACAAAACCAUGGCCAGUAUCCCAGAAUGGCUUUUCAGAAUACCCAACCUACGUCAUCUCAGCAUGGGAAACAGUGGGUUUGCUGGCGCCAUCCCUUCAUCCAAUAUUGAAAACACAACUUCUCUUCAAUUUCUUGACUUGUCCUUCAAUGAAGGAGUUUCUGGCAAUAUGCCGAGAGCAUUUGGAGAUCUCUGCAAUCUCCAAUCGCUCGAUUUGAGUGGCACUUUUAUGGGGAAGAGCUUGGAAGAUUUCAGAGAGGCAUUCUAUGGAUGCAUUAGACAAAACUUGAAAGAUUUUUCAUUCCAAACUAGCUCGCUAAAAGGCCAUUUGCCAGAUUGGUUUGCUGAAUUCAAAAAUCUCACCUCUCUGGAUCUUUUUGGUAAUUUCCUCCACGGCUCAAUCCCUGAAUCUCUGGGAAGACUCUCAGGAUUACAAUAUCUGGAUCUUUCAUAUAAUGCCUUAAAUGGCUCCAUCCCUGCAUCCCUGGGAAGACUCUCAGCAUUGCAACAUUUGGAUCUUAAGAAUAAUACUUUAAAUGGCUCCAUCCCUGCAUCCCUGGGAAGACUCUCAGCAUUGCAACAUUUAGAUCUUCAACAUAACUCUUUAAAUGGCUCCAUCCCUGCAUCCUUGGGAAGACUCUCAGCGUUGCAACAUUUAGAUCUUCAACAUAACUCUUUAAAUGGCUCCAUCCCUGCAUCCUUGGGAAGACUCUCAGCGUUGCAAACUAUGGAUGUUACAGGCAAUAAACUAAAUGAACCCAUCCCUAAAUCCCUAGGAAGACUCUCAAGAUUGCUAUCGUUGUUUCUUAGCAACAAUGCUUUAAAUGGCCCCAUUCCUGGAUCCAUGGGAAGACUCUCGCGAUUGCAAUAUUUGGAUCUUAGCAACAAUGUUUUAAAUGGCCCCAUUCCUGAAUCCAUGGGAAGACUCUCGCGAUUGCAUUAUUUGGAUCUUAGCAAUAAUGCUUUAAAUGGCUCCAUCCCUGAGUCCCUGGCAAGGCUCUCAGGUGCACUAGACUUAACCAAUAACUCAUUUUCAAGAAUCGUUGCCUCUGAUUUUGUAAACUUUCGAGGAAUGCUACCUUCACUCAAAGUCCUCCAUUUAUCUUCAAACAAUUUGACUGGUAGUAUUCCGAAUUCUUUUUGUAAUUUGGUGGACCUUCAGUUAUUGGAACUCUCCAACAAUCACCUGGAAGGAGUGCUCCCGAAUUGUUGGAACAAUUUGACAGGCUUGCAAUACCUCAUCUUGGCAAACAAUUCACUGGCAGGUGAGAUUCCAAGUUCUCUAAUAAAUUCCUCUCAAUCUUUGCGGGUGUUGCACUUAAGCAACAACCAAUUGCAUGGAGGGUUUCCAUCAUUCUUGAAAAAGUGCACUUCCAUUAUCACUCUUGCUCUUGAUCACAACAAUUUAUCCGGCGAGAUUCCUAGUUGGGUAGGAGAAACCAUGAUUUCAUUGAAGAUCCUCACUUUGAAAGCAAAUAACUUCACAGGCAAUUUGCCUUUAUUACCCAACCUCACAUUACUUCACUUCUUGGAUCUCUCCCAAAACUCAUUUGUAGGGCGCAUACCUCAAUCGUAUGGGAACCUCACAGGCAUGACAAAUUAUAGUGGAAGGAUUUCUAAUUCAAUGUUAGAUGUUGGAUAUCAGGUAAUAAUUAAGAUCAUAGUCUUUACAAAAGGAAUAGAAAUCCAAUUUGGAGCCAUUCUUUCAUCUUUCAAAUUCAUAGAUCUCUCUACAAAUAAUCUAUCAGGCCCAAUCCCAAAAGAAAUAGUAAAUCUAGCUGGAUUGCAAGACUUGGAUUUAUCAUAUAACAAUCUGUCAGGUGAGAUCCCCAGUGAUAUUGGUCGAAUGCGAUCAUUGGAAUCUCUCGAUCUCUCAAGAAAUGAGCUCAUAGGGUCAAUUCCUCCUAGCCUCUCUACAAUAGAUUUUCUAGGAAGCUUAAAUCUGUCACACAAUAACUUGUCUGGAAAAAUCCCUUAUGCUAGUCAUUUGACUACUUUCAAUGAUCCAUCUAUUUAUGCUAGUAAUCUGAAUCUUUGUGGAACUCCUCUGGAUAAUAAUUGCACAAGUGAGGAACCAACAUCAAAUAGCGAAGCUGAUGAUCAAGAAGAUGAUGAUAACGAUAGUCCACCAAUUUGGUUUUGUAUUGGUCUGAUGCCAGGAUUUGUGGUUGGAUUUUGGAUUGUGUGGGGAAUAUUGCUAUUCAAAAAAGAAUGGAGGUAUGUUUAUUUCAAAUAUAUAGACCACAUGUAUGACAUGAUGUAUGUAAAGGUAAUUGUCACUGUGAACAAGAUCAAGAGGAAGUUGUUUGCGAUGUGAUCAAUGUAAUUAGCAAAGGAUCUGUUUACUGCUAAAAAACUAAUGUAUCACUAGUUUUAAAUAAUGUCACUCAAAGUACUGUGCAUGAGAUUAUAUAGGAGUAACACUCUGUUUUCAUUGAUGUCAUAAAUAAAAUAUCUUUUUAUUUUUAUUUUUUCUUUCAUACCUUUUACUUAUAGUACUAGACAUGCUUACUAUGGUAUAUUACACAAAUAGCCUUUCCACAAUUAUUAAGCUUUUGAUGCUAUAAAUCAAUUUCUCUGUUAUCAAAGCCGCGUCUUUUCAUUACUAACUCUCACAAGUUUGACCUGAUCCCAUAUGAAAUCUUCUUGUCUUAUUUUUAUUUUUAUUUUUAUUUUUUUAUAUCACUGUCAACUCCAACUUCAUUUCCUAUGUUUUAGACAACAACACAUAAGGGCACCAUGCCGAAUUGGUUCUAUGGCAUCUCUGUAUGAUUGAUUUUUUUUUUUAAAAAAAAAAAAGAUAAAUCACAUGUAUGGAAGUAAAAAAGACUCACAAGAGAAAUAAGAGAAACACAUCAAGAGCCAAAAAGAGUAUAAAGGGACGAGAAUAAUAAGAAACUGUGGAAUGCAAGGGAAACAACUAAUCCACUAGCUAGAGAUGAACUGGCAAACAAAAGAAAACAUCAAAUCCCUAAGGAAAGAUAGAGAAGGUUUCCCUAGGUUGGAGCAACUCAAAUGAACUGGCCCGUGCCUUGAGAGCAAGCAACCUGGCCAACGUCACUCAUUUCAGCGAGCUCAGUGCAAGGUCCCAUGAACUCGUGAACGGUCUCUAUUGUAUCCUUAAUUUCAGCGAGGUUAGAAUGGCUUGUAAAUCAAAUAGAUAACCAAAAUAACUCCAAAUCCUCUCAACAAAGGUGCAAUGAAGGAAUAUGUGAUCUACUGAUUCAAUUGCCAAAUGGCAGAGCACACAUAUCGCCGACAACAGUUUAUUGCAUCUCCUUUUUGCCAAGUUUUCCAGAGAUUUUAUUGUUCUAUGCCAACCAAUUAAAAUUUAAAUUUCCAUAGGCAUGCACUCUUCCAAAAGGCUAGGGAUACCUGACAACAAAGGCCCCUAUCAUUCAGGAACCAAUAAAAUGAUUUAACAGAGAACUUACCAUUUGAUGCAAGACACCACCAUUUUAAGUCUAUUCCAUCUGGGAACUGACCAUUGAUCCUUGAGAGGAUGUUGGUUGCCUCUGUAUUAAGAUCUAAGGUAUUCGCAA